AUGCUCGAAAGGGUUCUUCCACCAGCCCUGUUAUCCCUCCUCCUUGUUGCAACUGGUGUUUCUGCUGCACCCUACGACUUCACAGACAACUACCGCGACCCCGCCCCGGCGCCUGAAGACGGCCCUCCUGCUUCAUAUCACGCUAUCCGAGACAAGAGUGUUUUACCCUACGAAAUCUGUGGUAUCGUUGGCGGCUACCUCUUCACAGUACUUAUUUGGGGCGUCUUACUCCUCACUGUUGGCAGAAAGAUGAGACGAAAGGCACUCGCGCCGCCCAAGGAGCUGGAGCUGGAAUUGGAAAACAAGCCAACAAGACCGACCAUCAAGACUCCUGGUCUCACAUCACCCCCACUGUCUGCACGAUCGUGGUUGAAGAAAUUCAAGAAGAACGACUCUGUUCCCAGCAGCCCCCAAAGCCCUGUCGUCCAAUCGCCCAAUUCUUUUGAUCAAAAGGUUCUCGACGCUCAUCGCGACCAAGAUCAAGCCGACAUGGAGCGCCUCUAUGCUGCCGUCAUGGAGUUUGACGCAAAGAAACAAUCCGCCAGAGCCAGUGUAGACGAGGCAGAGCCUCUCCCACCGCCUACUGACCGGAGAAGACCGUCGGCCAUUAGUGUCGCACGUUCUCAAGACAACUACGAUAGCCCUGCAUCUCCUGUUCGAGCCAUUUACCCUCCAGGCCACCACGAUAGACCGACAACCGCAUCAAACACACGUGACCGUCUCCGCGCAGAACAACCAGCCCCUGCAAGCCCCCGCAGCAUCCUCUCCAAGCGCUCGCAAACAUCAAAUGCUACAACAAGCAGUAAGAAUACGCGCUUCAACCUUAAGAAUCUGCGCAUUUCCGGCCCCAUUGCGAAGUACCCUGGCGCAGAUGAUGACGAUGAAGCUCGACGGCCUCUAACCCCUCGCUUCUACGCCCCUGGUGCUCCGCCAUCGCCCCCAACUCAAACAAACUCGCCAACAUCGCCUUAUGACGCCGACGAAAGCCUGGAUCAAGUCCAACCACUACCUCACCCCGCUCCCCAUCGCCGCGGAAGCUCAACUACGUCCAACAACCUCGGCCUCACCAUCUCCACCCCACCACCACCGUCGAAACAAAAAACCGCCACAUCACCCAACCAAUCCCUCCCGCUCCGUUCCUUUUCAUCACCUCUCAACUCUCCUGGCAUCCAAACCACGGUGCUCGACCGCCGCGUCGACAGACUGGCCUUGGGCACUCCCAAGACCGGUGUCCCUUUUACACCCUACAGUCCUUAUAUGCCAUUUACGCCCGUCACGCCUGUGACACCUCAUCUGACUACAAGGCGUGACCGCAAGAUGGAGAAGAAGAUGGACGCAAGGAGACGCCGUGGUGGAGAAGAAAUGGUUCAGACGCCAAAGGAAAUCUUCGGUGAUGCUUAUUAG